UGGGGAGAGAGGAAGGAACCAAAAACCCUAAACAUCUUAAACCCUACAUUACAUUGCCAGCCUUCCCACAAAACCUACUUCGCCCAUAUCUCUCCCUCCCAUUCCGAUUCUCAUUUCCAAACACUUCCCUUAACCCACUCAACUAUGAGACCUCCCAGAGGUGGCGGCGGUAGUUUCAGGGGUAGCCGUGGAGGAGCCCCGGGAAGAGGUGGCGGUGGAUUCAGAGGUGGUGGCCGCGGCGGAGGCCGAUUUGGCGGUGGUGGCGGAGGCUUCGGUGGUCGUGGUGGUUUUCGCGACGAAGGACCUCCUGAAGAAGUCGUUGAGGUUGCUACUUUCCUUCAUGCUUGUGAGGGUGAUGCAGUAACAAAGCUUACACAGGAAAAGAUACCUUACUUUAAUGCUCCAAUUUAUCUUCAGAACAAGACCCAGAUAGGGAAAGUUGAUGAAAUCUUUGGCCCCAUCAAUGAGUCUUAUUUCUCUGUUAAAAUGAUGGAAGGUGUUGUUGCAACUUCAUAUUCAUCUGGUGACAAGUUCUACAUUGACCCAGCAAAGCUUUUGCCACUUGCAAGAUUUCUUCCACAGCCAAAGGGCCAAGGAUUUUCUGGCCGUGGCGGAGGAGGACGUGGCAGAGGCAGAGGUGGCUUUGGUGAUCGUGGACGUGGAAGCUUUCGUGGAAGAGGUGCUCCACGAGGAAGAGGCGGUCCGCCCAGAGGUCGUGGUGGUGGUGGUGGCUUUAGGGGUGGAAGAGGGAGAUUUUAGAACAUUUUGUAAUUUCUCUAGUGCUCUUCUUCCUCUUUUGUGUUGUCAGUUAAGGAUAUGCAUAGGGCUUCACUGCAAUAGAGUGUUUUUAUGUUAUUUUUCUUUUUCUUCUUCAGCAUUGUAAUUUUAUCCUAACUGCAACCUGAACUUCAAUAGCUUCUUCUUCGGAUUUCAACAAAAUGGUUUUUAAUUUUGUUUUGAACAUCUCAAUUCAAGUUAAAUUAAAAUUUUGAGUAAUAUACCUA